AGUCGGUAAGUACGGCGGGCGCAACCUCGUACGGUAACAUCAAAGCGGUGAGUAGGUGAGUUUGGAAAUCGCAACGAAAGAAGAGAUAAGUAAACUCAUCAAGUUGGUUUAGGAGGCAACAGUAAAGGUCUGACGAUGAAUGGAGUUUGCGAAGGUAAAGUGGACCCAGUCCCACGGUUGCAGCUCAAUUGCAUUCACGCGGAUUGUGGUGCCACGUUCACUCGUCAGUGGCGUUUGAAGGAACACGAGACCACGCACACUGGCGCGCGGCCAGUACAAUGUCCGGUGGCAGGUUGCGGACGAAGUUUCUCACGCAAUUCUCACCUAAAACGCCAUGCUCUUCAACACAGUGGGGUUAAAAAGUUCAAGUGUAGUACUGCCACCUGUGAUAAGAGUUUCAUCUUCGCUGAUAAACUGAAAAGGCACGUCGGGUGUGCUCAUGGUCAGAAGGACAAGUUCUUUAAGUGCAGGGUCGUGGGAUGCAGCAAGUCCUUCAAGAAACGGCGUGCUUUCAAACUUCACUUGAACUCGCAUGGAGUGUCUUCGUUCAAGUGCUCCAAGGACGGAUGUCUGAUGAGAUUUGAUUCCCAUGUAGCCCGUAAAGCCCACGAAAGAACACAUAUAGGGUACACCUGCCCAACGUCUGGCUGUCAAGUGGCACAGAAGACAUGGGGGAAAAUGCUUAAACACAUGGCCAGCCACAAAGUGGUGUUCCCGUGCCCCAUGUGCAAGAAGCAGUUCAAGAAGCGAGACUCGCUGCGGCGCCACAAGCGCACCCACGCGCUGCAGAAGCCCGUGCUGCUGUGCCCGCAGCAGGGCUGCCAGGCCUACUUCUCCACCACCUUCAACCUGCAGCACCACAUCCGCAAGCAGCACCUGCAGCUCCUGCGCCACCACUGCUCCUUCCCUGAAUGCAACCGCGCCUUCGCCAUGCGGGAGAGUCUGACGCGACACUUGCUACACCAUGACCCAGAUGUUGCCAGGCUGAAGCGGCGCCAGCGGCGCUCCAGUAAGAGUUGGCAGAAGAGGCUGGACGGGCACGGCCAGAACGCCGUGGUGGAGCAGGAUCUGCGCGGCCUGUUCGCCCUGCGCAUGCGCAUCAGCCGGCGCUCCAAGCUGGAGGCCGACCUCUCUGGCCUCUUCAACGAGCGCAAGGUGCUGCACCGCGUCGAGCCCGAAACCAACCUGCGCGACCUCUUCAGCCUGAAGGCUCCGCGGGUGGAGCCCCCCAUCGAAGAAAAGCAGGAGUGACCUGGUACCUGGUUACCUAGUCAUGUCUUAUUCAUAUUAUUUUUUUAUUAUUCAUGUUGUGGCUAUUUUGUUUGUUUGCCUUAAAACACACAUGAUCGAAUCAUGUCAAUUUGUCUAAGAUAAUGUCAAGUGUAAUGACAAAAAUGGCAAAAUGAUUGAAUGGCUUUCUAUAAUUUUAUGAAUGUGGCUCUGUAAAAGCAUGUGUAAUUGUCUUUUUUUUUUUUGUGAAAUUUAGUUUUUGAAAGUGUUGAUGAGACUUGUAACUAUUUCAGUGUUUUAUUUAACUAAAAAAAGUCUAGAUUUAUGUUCUGGAAUGUAAUGAUUCUGUUGUGGCUCACAAAAAAAAAAGGACUUGGUUGUAAAUGAUAUGCGGUAAAUAAGUUUUGAGUUGCUGUGCUUGAGCCGACCUAAUAAAAGACCUAAUGGAA